ACAUAGACUUCUUUGAAUUUACUGUUGACAAAGAGCAUCUUUGAAAAGACGCCAUUUCGCUCUCAUCCGGAUAUGUUCAGAUACGACGAGCUACAAACAGGAUGCACACAAGAUGCCACACACGAGCAUCUGCUAAAAAUGGAAGAAUUCCCUUAACUAAAAGACACGAAAAGACGAGAAUCAGUCCUAAAAGACAAUCUGUCAAACUGCUGAUAAAUUAACAAAUCAAGCAGAAAGAUCGAAUUAGCUUAUUUAUCUAGAACUCGCUAAAUGAUAUCGCGUCAUUUACGUAUACCUUAAUACUAACUUUCGUAUUUGGCAAUAAUAAUGAUACUACAAAUGUUGUUCAAUUGUAAUUCGACAUUGAAUAAUGACCCUUUUCUGUUUUUCGUGAUAAAUGUCAUAAACGUCCAGGAGUGAUUAUGUUCGAAUUAGCGACGGCGGUCAUUAGAGGAACGAUCUCGCAGGAGUAAAUAUGGUGCGAAAUUUCUUCUUGACUAUCGCUUGCGUACUGAUAGUAAAGUCGAAGCAAGAAAACGAAUCUAUCGUCCGCUAUCCACCCGGACACUUUGAAGCCGAGCCUUUUAAGUACUAUUCCGUUUCGAACUUGUCGACUCUCGACUUCGGAUUCGUCUUCGCCCCGCUUCCCACGCUGACACAACCGUCUCCUGGGCCUGACAACGGCUUGGACCAUUUCCAUUUCCAAUGGCAGCCGUCCACAGCCCCGAGGCCAGUCCGACCCCGUCCAGAACGUAAACCCGACAGCCCAAUCGGAUACGAGGUGACAUGCGGCACCCGCCGGAGCAACCCAUCAAAGGACGACAUCAGAAUAGUCGGCGGGAUCAAUGCUGAACCAGGUGAAUUUCCAUGGCAGGUCUCCCUCCAGUUGUUGACAGGGUGGUCGGCCCGACACAUAUGCGGUGGUACAAUAAUUAGUAAGCACUGGGUUGUAACUGCAGCUCAUUGUGUCGAUGGUAUCCCUUCCUCAUCGCUCUCUGUUGUUGCUGGUGACUAUGACCUCUACAAAGUCGAAGGACACGAGCAGAGAGUGGAUGUCAAAAGGGUUGUGACAAAAGGGUACAGGAAGGGUAACUUUUCCAAUGACAUCGCCCUCUUGCAAGUCGAUGCUCUUCAUCUAGAUGGAGUCUGGACUGCACCACUAUGUGUUCCACGGCCAUACCAUAAUUUUUGUACUGGGUAUGCAACUGUAACAGGGUGGGGACGACUAUCAGAAAGUGGAGAGCUACCUCAACUACUUCAGAGGGUGACAUUACCUAUGGUAAAGAAAAAAGAUUGUAAGCAACUCUACACCAAUGCUGGCUAUAGUAACUUUGUACAACAAUGCCAGAUUUGCAGUGGAUGGGAACAAGGCGGAUAUGAUUCAUGCCAGGGGGAUUCAGGAGGUCCAUUAGCAUGCAAACGAGCCGAUGGAUAUUACUAUCUUUGUGGUGUAGUGAGUUGGGGUGUUGGGUGUGCCAGACCUCGCUACCCAGGGGUUUACACUGAAGUGGCCUGCUUCAGCAGCUGGAUUCGUGAUAUCGUUUACGCCCGAAACAACCGGGACAUAUCAGCUAUUUCAAAUGUUGAUCAUUAAAUUUCCAAAUAAAAAUAUAAAAAUAUUCUUUUA